CAAGGACAGAGGAGCGAUCCAACAGUGGCAGGCCAUGCAGCGUUUGUGCCUCCUGCAUGAAGCACGUCCACCUGGUGCAGAGACAUCUCACUGAGGGGAAACUCUACCACCGGCACUUAGCCGGCAGCUGCUUCAGAUACAGUGUGUGCAGCAGCACUCUCUUACCAGGGUCUUACAAAGAGGAGUGCAGUUGGCUACUUGGUCUGCACCCACCACUUGACAGCCAGUCAAAAUGCCCUCCCCGACUACAGUAAACAAACUGGAUCAUUAGAGAAUCUGCCCAAAUUAGAUGAGCAGGAGGUGACACUAUCUCAAGGUGGAUUUACAGACAACCCCGAUCUCUCUGAUUUUAUUAGAAAAACAGACUCAGGUGAGACAGUUAUUUCUGGAAGAGGAGAGAAAGAAACGGGGAGGUGAGAGAAAGACAAGGCAUGACACACUUAAGAAGCCAAGGCCACCCUGUCCUCCAAAGCCCACUGUAGAAGAGGGAAAGCUUGAAGAAGCAGGGACACGGCCCAUUCAGACAACAGAAACUGUCACUGUAACACCAGACAGCGGUUCGGCUUCUGCAAGCCCUGGACGGCCAGUUCCUGCACCCAGACGGGUGUUAGACUCUACCCCUCCUCGUCCUGCACCCAGAACCCGUCCACCUAAAGCCAUGGACAGCCCCCCUGUUUCUGGUUACACAGUUGAUAAUAAAACUUUACCCAAUCGUUCUCGGAGGUUUGGCCAACCCAGUGGGCCCUGUAAACUCAAAGACCCACUGUGGCUGGAGCUUGUCAUGCCAGGGCCCUGGCCAAAGCUGCCCCCUGCCCCACCCCCUAGUAUGCCCAAGCCCCCACGCUCAGGCUCUAUAACCUCCCUCAGAGGCAGUUGGUACAGAGCGCGAGAACCCCCUCCCAACCCCUUUGGGGAGUUUGAGGAUGAGGAGGCUGAUGAUGAUUACACCGGGGAAGAGAACACAAUGAGUGGUGCUGAAGGCCAAGCACAGCCCUCAAUGGUAACCAGCCAGACAUGGUGUGGUACCAGUCAGUUAGCUGAAGUAGCCAGCUCACAUUGCCAAGCUCAUUUAGAGGACACAUCCAGAGAAGUUGACAAGUCUAGUAUUGCUGGAGCGGAUGACGCAGUAAAUUCCCUGAAAUUGCUAAUGCACCAAAUGUAGAAAGUUUAGCUGAAGCAGGAUGCUCACUUGCUGUAUCUAAUUUAGCAGAAGAACCUUGUUCAAUUGCUAUAUCUGAGUCAGUGUGAUAGCUAACAUGGCUGAAGCAGCUGGCGCACUUGAUGUAUGUAAUUUAGCAGAUGUUGGAGAAUCAACCAACUUGUCCAAAGCAGCUAGUUCACUUGGUUUGUCUAAUUUGACUGAAGCUAAAACCACAAGUUCAUCUUACUUGGCUGAGGCUGCUAGUUCCCUUGAUGUAUCUAAUCUAGCUGAAGUAGCCAGAUCACAGUGUAUUUGGUCUAGCUGGAGCUAGUGGGUUAGGCGGUUUAGUUGGAGCAAUUAGUGCACCUAACAUAUCUAAUUUAACUGAAGAAGCUAGUUCAUAUGGUGUUUCUGAAGCUUCUGCCGGUUCACUUAGUGUGUCUAAUUUAGCUGGAGCUGAUAGCAUAUGCAGUGUAACUGGAGCACCAAAGUGCUCUUGGCAAAUCAGAUGUAGCCCAGAGCCUCUCUUUGCCCAAAAGUGUGUCUGUGCCAGCAAUCUCCACUAGUUCAGCCUGUACUUGAAGCCACCCCCCACCAACCUUGUCAACCAAUGGAGCAGCAGCCAGUCCCUCCCUGCUCAGACCCCCAUCGCUCCCUAGUGUGUCUGAAGUGAGGGACUCUGGCCAGGUGCCCACCCCCUCUCACAGUAAGGUAUAAUGCUGCUCUUUAGUCUCCACUGAUAUCUAUGUCACAGCUCAACCUGCCCAAAAUACAGGACAUAUAAGCUUGUAUUACACAACACAUAUAUGCAAAGAUAUCAGGUUAAGUGAGUUUCAGACUGAAACUAUUUUCCAACAUGUUUAACAUAAAAGACAUGUUUUUCUAAGAUUCCUGCAUAACAACAUCGUCCCUAUACUGUAGGUUAUAGCCUACUCCAGAUAGCUGCUUGGACUGUGUGUGCUUGAAUAUUACAGCUGUGGAUUUCACAGAAAUGUCUUCAAUCUCCAAUUUAGCAGGUAUGUAAGGAGAACCCUUUUAAUCGUAAAGUCUCCCCCUCUGAGUCCCCAAAUCCAAGCCUGCCCCUGGACAUGGCUUCCCCGUCAUCAAGAGGAAGGUGAGAGGAUAUCUCAGUAUAAUGAAAUGAACCCAUUAUCCAGUGUUUUCUCCCAAUCAGAACAGUCCCCUAGUACACAUGCAUGUCUCCUGAGAUGCAGACAGACACCUAUGUCUCAGUGGAGGAGCUGCAGGUGGAGCUGGAGGAGCUGGAGAAACGAAUGGACAGGCUGGAGCUGAGAGGGGUGGAGAUGGAGAGACUCUUGAGAGACUGCCAGAAUGGAGAGUACCAGGAAGAGGAGGACAUGUUGGUGGACUGGUUCACUCUAAUACAUGAGAAACACAUGCUUGUGCGCAGGGACGCAGAGCUGGUAUACAUGGCCAAGCAACAGAAUUUAGAGGAGAGACAGGCAGACGUGGAAUAUGAACUGAGAUGUCUCAACAAAGUGGAGUGUGAGUGGAGUAAGGAUGACCAUUAUAGGGACCAGCAGUUGAUGGAGGAGCUUGUCACCAAGCUCAUCAACAGCUUGGAUCAGGACAGGCAAAGGGAAGAAGAAGAAGAUGCUCUGUUUUCCAUGAUCAAGAAAUUUAAAAGAGUCUCGGAAAGACCUGAAGACGUUAAGAGCAAAGUUCAAGCCCAUGAAGAUGCUGAAGAUCCUGAGUCAUAAAGACUCUAAGAGCAAAGGCUCUCUAAAGAAGAAGAACUGAGUUGGACUCAGGCUCACCCUAUAAGGAAGGAACAAAUAGGUCUAUAUUUGUUAACAAAUACACAUUGAGCUACAAUGUAAUGUCUCAUAAUUGUAUAAAUGAAUGAAGAUUUACGGGUAAGAGAUGAAGACUCUUGGACUGUGGAUGAGAGUGGUUAAGAAUUAAGAGAAGCCUCUGAUGCAGAGUAUAUGGAUUUUCUUCCCAAGUGAAAAAAAUUAUCCCCAUUAUACCUCCCCAUUACACUGCACUUUUUGCACAAGAUGUGAUUGCUCCUGCAUUCUGUAAAGCCGUAGUCAGCCUAUGAUGAGUUGCAGCUUAGAAUCAUUCACUAAUGGGAUUUAUUUUUGCAGUUCAACUUUGUUAAAUUAUAUUUAAUAAAACAUUGUACUUUGUAUGAACAGAAUGCAUUUGUAUGAUCAUAAUCUUUUGAUAAUGUUUUAAAUGUCA